AUGUCUUCUAUCGAUGCUAGUGAGAUUGCUAAACUUGAUAAUGAAUCCAAGAAGGAAUUAUUAAACUUUAUGGAAGGGGAGAAUUCAAAACAAAAGAUUCAAAUGUCUGUACAUAAAUUUACUAAAAUUUGUUUCCCUAAGUGUGUAACCAAUGUGGAAGCCAUGCAGUUAUCUUCUGAUGAACAAGAAUGUAUGGCUAAUUGUGUCAACAGAUUCUUGGAUGCCAAUAUUAGGAUUGUCAAUGGAUUGCAAAAUAGUGUUAGACAAUAG